AUGCGAGGAUGGGGAGUACAAGUGCCUGAUGCCACCCAGUCCAUCCACCAAGUGCAAUGCGCCAACGAGAAAUUGCACACCAGGCUUGACGUGAUUCUGCUGCCGUCGCCCUAUCGCGGUGCAACUGAUCUGCCCAAGCAGCACAACUCGCCGGAAGAGUGCCUUUGCACCUGGACCUUCUGCGGGGGCGCGGAGCACUGGCUGCGCCUCGCGGGUCUCGCGGAAGGCGGAGUUCUGAGCCGGCCGCUGCCGGGCCUCAGUCGGCCCAUGCGCUGGGCCAUGCGCCAGGAGGUGCUGGGAGGAAAGCCGCGCGCGGGCAGGUUCCUGGACACCUACCUGGCCAUGGAGGUCUUCCAUGCUGAGGAUCUGCCGCAGGACUGGCCCACGGAGCUGGUGAACCGGUCCAAGGCAAUGCUGCUGCAGGUGGCGCAAGACGUGGCCGGGGCCGCGGGGCUGCCGGACUUCAACCGCUCCCAGGACGAGGCGCCGGUGCCGCUGGGGGUCACCAAGGAGAGCGCCGAGAAGAAUCGUACCGAGGUGGUACGUCAGUUUCGGAGGUAUUUGGACCUCAUGGCCAACACGCGCGUGGCCCAGGCGGACAAGUUCUUCGGGCACGCGCUCUUCGGUCUGCUGUUGGCACAGCUGGUGGCGCGCUUCGACCUGCUGCGCGCCGCGGAGCUCUUGGACCCGCUGGAGGUGGGCCGGGCGCGGCUGGAGGCGCAGGUCGCCGUGAGCGGCUUCGGCGAUCCAGAGGACGGAGCCGACUCAGCCUCGGAGGACCAACUCUUCGAGUCCUUCGCCUUUAAAGCCCUCGGCUCCGGCGGCGGCUUGGCGCUGGGCCCACGGCAGCUGGGGGCGCUGCGGCAGUGCGCGGAGCGGGUCUUCGGGCGCGGCUUGCGGGAGGAGAUCUUCCGGCCCCUGAGCCGCGCCUCCCGUCGCAGCGCCGAGGCGGGGCAGCCCGCCGCGGGGCCGGACAUCUGCUACGAGGAGUUGCUGGCGGCGGCCCAGAGCGGGGAGUUGAGAAUGCUCUCGCUGAACGGGGACGCCGCCGAGCGCCUGACCUGGCACGGCCUGGUCUUCGGGGCAAUGCUGGAGCCCGGCGACCAGUUGGAUCCGACGGAAAAAGCUGAGGCGAAGCUGUCGCCCGGCGGCACCGGCACCGGCAGCAUCUCCAAGUUCUUCGGGCCAAAGAAGACCGAGGCGGACUCGAGCUCUCAGGAGAAGCCGAAGCCAAAGGAGGAGAAGCCAGCUGCUGCCAAAAGCCCGGACAAGCCGAAGGCCCCCGCCGACGCUUCUGCAGGCGAGCCGAAGCCAGCGGCGAAGCCAGCGCCGAAGCCCAAGGCGGAGCCGAAGGCGGCGGAGAAGCGGAAAGCGCCGGGAGGGAGCGCCACGCCCACCAAAGAGGAGCCAAAGCAGCCCGGCACAUCGCCUACCCCUGAGAAGCCCCAGGCGGCGCCUGCGCGGCGGGUGGCGACGGCCUGCACGGGGCGGUUCCAGUGCAGCUUCUCGCGGCUGAAGCCUACUGAGUGGCAGCAGUACAACAAGCUCUACAAGCUGCGCUUGAGCCAGCUCUCAGGCGCGGCGCAGGAGUCGGCCAAGCUCCGGUGGAGCGCCAUGCCGCCGCAGAGCUUUUUGAAGGACCUGGGGGGUCAACUGAACGUCGACACGGACCUGGUGGUGGCCGGGGUCCUCUUCAAGGAGCUCAAGGCGCGGCCGAACAUCAUCGAAGAGUACAAGGGGAGCAAGGGCUUGCUGAACCUCCAGAAGGAAGAGGUGACCUGUCUGCACUCGGAGAAGGAUUGCUUGUGGCUGGAGGACGCGGUGAUGCGGAUCCAGGUGGAGGCGACCCAGGAGACCAUUGCGAGGCUAGCCACCGGCCUGGUGAUCGCUGUGAAGGCCACUUUCACCCAGGCGGGCACGCUGAAGCUGCUGGACUACUGCUUUCCCAGGGCGCCGCUGCCGCCCCAGCUGCCGUCCCGCCGUGCGGGGCCCUACUUGGCCCUGGCCUCCGGUCUGCACUUCGGCUCAGAGUCUGAGGCACGGCUCACGCCGUCCAACCCGUGCCGUGCCGUGGUCGGGAUUCCCCAACAUAUCUUGGACGUGGCUCGUGUUUAG